AUGUGGUAUGGACGUCGUUUGAAACUUGCAAUGGCAAUACAAGUAGUUCCCGGGUUCUCAAUUGCAUUACUCAAUCUCAUGAACGAAGUGCAAUAUACCGAAAAUUCAGCGGGUGGAAUAGUUCCAGAAAUUCUUGACAAACGAGUUACUAGCAUUUAUUUUCUUGCUGGUGGCUUAUUUUUAUUGGCCAAUAGCAUCUACCUUAUUGCCGCGUAUUGUUUUCUUUUCUACAAACUCCAUCAAAGACAUAAAGCUCAAAGGGGGUCACUUAUUCAAGCUCGAAUGGAUCGUGCAAAAGACGAGUCGAAAAGGAGGGAACAUCGACUUUUUCUUAUGGCUUCAUCGAUAGUCGCAGUGCAAUUGUCUAUACUCGUAUUUUUCUCAACAAAACUUUUUCCAUGGUUCCGAAUCACGCCUGAUGUUUUCUACACAUUCUAUAACGCCCUUAGCGAUAUCUAUGCCGGUGCAAGUGCCUAUCUUCUUUGGAUUUUUAGUGACGCUCUUCGAAACCAUGUCUACUUGUCUUUUCAAUGCCGAUCACGCACUAUACCUACAAUAUCGAUCUCAACAGCUAGCUGA